GCUGUCCUGUAGCCUUCCUGAGGCUUCUCUCUGGAAGGUGCCUUCCAGACACGACUGCAGGACUUGUUGAUGUGGAGAUUUUCUGAGGGAUCUCUCCUGCAAGUUCCCAAAAAUCCAGUCACUGACAUGGAGAAGAGACCCCCGAGAGUGCCCAAGCUGGCCUGGGUGGAGGAGGAGGAAGAAGGCCCUGGAGCUGCCCCAGCACAGGAGACCGAAAAGGUGGUGCCGUUCCAUCCACCGCAGGAGGGUGCAGCCCUGGACCUCAAACAAGAGCAGGAAUCCACCCGUGGCCGCUUCCGCAGAGCAGCGCAGCUCGUUUGCAAAUUCAUCAGGAGCAUUCGGCAGGAAGGGACCAGCGCCAUGGGCGCUGGGCUCAGAGAAUACUCAGAGGUCCUCAAACAUGAGACCAGUGCUGCCCUGCUGGAUUUGCUUGUGGAGAGGGGUGUUUUCAGACCAGAGCAAGUGCCUGCCAUGGUGAGAUACAUCCACCAGUGGCUCACGGCCAAUGAUUCUGCUGAGCACAGGCUGGACAACACCCUGCUGCAUCUCACCAAAGUGCAGCCAAAUGACGCAGUAAUGACACUCCUGCGUGUGACCCCAUCCUGUGACAGAGCUGCCAUGGCCAUGUGGAAGACCAUCAUGUGCUCACCCAGGACUGCGGAGCUGGUGCAGCUGAUUCUCCUGGAUGUGUUGGGGAGCUGGCCAGAGUACAGCACGUGCACCUCCGAUGGGGACAAAACGGGUGUCUUUGCCCUGGCUGCAACUGUGGUGAUGUGGAAGAUCCUCCAGGAGCCCUGUGUCCCACACAACGUGAAGCUGCAUUUCCCCCACCUAUUUGUGCAUCUGCUCUUCCAAGUGUUCUUCAGCACUGAACAGAUGCCAAAGAAGGUCCUUACCUUCUGGAAGGGAUGCCAGGAGCAACAUGGCCUUGCCACCAGCCCCAACAGGUUUGCAGUGCGGACCCUGAAGUCCCUGCUGUACCAAAAGCAGUACAAGGAUGUGGUGAUGGCAAUGGAACGCAAGCGUGGCUGGGACACGCUGCUCUGUGCUGACACCCACCACUAUGCCGUGGGUCUGCUGGCCAGGGAGAUGUCCUGCAUCUCCAUACGCUCGUGUUUCCGGAUUUUUCGCUAUCUGCUCCGGCUGCUCAGCACACAGGAGCUAUGCUGGGAUCUGCCUGCCCUGGCCUUCCUGGUGGAGGUGAGCCUGUUGGCCAGCGCUGCCUCGCUGAGCUGCCUCCCAGCUCUCUGCCCUCUCGUAGCCGCAGCUGCUUGGGACGGUGCCCACGCCCUGUGCGGUUCUGGGCUCCUGCCGGCCGGGUCCCCUGUCACUGCCCUGUGCCUUUCAGGUCCUUGA